UUUUGCGUUGACUAGUUCAUACUCAACGCUCUUCAAUUCGUUUAUUGAACAAAUCAAAUUAAUAAUUUAUUAUUUAAAUUAUAUAUAUAACUAAUAAUUAAUUAUAUUUUUGUAAAUUUAUAUUAUUCCAUUAUCGUGAAUGUAUGUAACAAUUGAAAGUUCCGAAAUAAAUAUAAAGAGAAUGAGCAAUGUUUUAAAAAUAAUCAAUAACGAUCCAAAAUCGUAGUAAUGAAAGAAAAAGUAUAAUUUUUUUUUUUUUUUUUUUUUUUUGAAGUGUUUUUAAUUUACUUUGGAUUUUGUUUUUCAAUUUGCAUCCUUAAUACAAUUAUUGAUAUUUAUAAUUAAAAAAAUAUAAUUACUGCGGACACUAAAGUUAUGACAAAUUUUAAUGGGCUAAAAAAUGAUAAGCAACAAAAUGUGGAGUGGCAAAAAAUACGAACAAAACAUGAUACAGAAGAACUACAAAUUUGCGGAUUUGAAAAAAGUUAUCUAAAUAGUAUCUUAACAUAUUUUUCAUACAUAUUGUCAUUAGGAUGGGUCCGACUUUUUUUCCACUGGUAUCCUCGUUUACAUUUGUACGCAACCCACAAAAAAUGCCCGUUAAUUCGCGCCACGAAACUUUUGAUAAUCGAUGAUUAUCAGGGAGUCUACAAGUCAUACUUCGUCAAGGAUGUGAAACUAAUAGGGACAAAAAAUUUGAAAUCAAGUGGACACUUGAAAGUUCUCGGCGACAUUGACGUUGAUUUAUUGAACAGUAUUGAAGGUAAAAGUUUGAGUAUUAAUUUAGACAAUGGGACUAAACGAGAGGUGCCGGAAUAUCGCGCAUUUUGGUUUAAAAAACAAUGUUACAUAUGGGACGAGACUCGCGAUGAGUUCUCUGGGUUAAUUGGCUUAGAUAGAUAUGUCUCAUGUCCGGAACUUCAUCUUGGUCAAAACAAAGGUCUUUCGAAAGAAGAUCAACUGUUGAGGCGAAUUGUGUAUGGAAAUAAUGAAAUAAUAGUACCAGUACAAAGUAUCCUUGUACUAUUUCUACUGGAAUUUUUAAAUCCUUUUUAUAUAUUUCAAGUUUUUACAAUAUGCGUUUGGUUUGCGGAUGGUUAUUAUUAUUACACCGGUGCUAUUAUUCUCAUGUCAGUAUUCAGUAUUACCAGUACAAUUAUACAAACUCGCCGAAAUCAAAAAAAUCUUCGUGGCACAGUAGCUUCCAUGGACAUGGUGCGCGUAAAAAGAAGCUCUGGGGAAUUCGAAAGUAUAUCUAGUUCCGAAUUAGUUCCUGGGGACAUAAUUGAACUACCAAGGCAUCAAGGGACUGUUAUGUGCGAUGCUGUCCUACUUACUGGGCACUGUAUCGUCAACGAAUCCAUGCUCACAGGAGAGUCUGUGCCUGUUACGAAAACACCAUUAACACCCAGACCAGUGCUCUAUGACUCUAAAGAAUGUUCGCAGCAUACACUUUACAGUGGAACGAUGAUCAUUCAAACCAGAUAUUAUGGUGAUGGUCCAGUAUUAGCAAGAGUUAUCAGAACUGGAUUACAAACAAAUCGCGGUGCUCUAGUAGCUGCUAUUUUAUAUCCACCACCGGCAGAUUUCAAAUUUGAUCAGGACUCAUAUAAAUUUAUUGGAAUACUUGCAAUUAUUGCACUACUAGGAUUUAUUUAUACUGUAAUUUCAAAGGCAUCACGUGGAAUUACUACCAGUGAAAUAGUGAUCGAUGCACUUGACAUAAUAACAAUAGUAAUUUCACCUGCUUUACCAGCUGCAAUGACGGUUGGGAAAUUGUAUGCACAGACGCGGUUAAAAAAGGCGCAAAUUUAUUGUAUAAACAGCCGUGUAAUUAAUGUGUCUGGUAGUAUUAAUUGUAUUUGUUUCGAUAAGACCGGUACAUUGACAGAAGAUGGCCUCGAUAUGUGGGGAGCAGUUCCAUGUAGCAAUGGCGUUAUGCAGAGUCCUGAGAAAGACAUAAAAAAAUUGCAAAAUCAUCCUAUUUUUCAGGGAAUGUUGGUCAGUCAUAGUCUUACUCUCAUUGAUAAUGAACUAUGCGGCGAUCCAUUAGAUGUUAAGAUGUUUGAAAGCACUGGCUGGAUAUUAGAAGAGCCAGAAAUAUCUGACACGAGUAAAUACGAUCUUUUGGCACCAACAGUAGUAAAACCUUCGGAUAAAAAUUCCAUGAUGACGGGAAACAUGAAUGAAAUAUCUGAGAUCGGUAUAAUAGAGCAGUAUCAAUUUUCAAGUUCGCUUCAGCGCAUGUCAGUAAUAGUCCGCGUAUUGGGAUCUGAUCAUUUCGAAUCUUAUACCAAGGGUUCGCCAGAAGUUAUUCUGAGUCUGAGUAACCCCGAAACUAUACCACAAAAUAUAAUGACAUUAAUGCAAGAGUAUACUGAGCAAGGCUACCGCGUCAUUGCCAUCGGCAAAAAUAUUAUCGCAAGCAGUUAUACGAAAAUCCAUAAAAUGCAUCGGGACCAAAUUGAGAGAAAUUUGGAAUUCCUGGGUCUGGUUAUUCUGGAAAACCGGUUGAAGGAACCAACCAUCCAGGUCAUUGAGGAGUUACGUGAAGCGAACAUUAACGUCCUGAUGAUUACCGGUGAUAAUAUACAAACGGCUGUUAGUGUCGCCAGGGAAUGCAAGAUAUUGGCCAAAGAUGAGACAGUAAUCGGUGUCACUGUUGUCCCACCACCUAGUGACGAAAAAAUAUUGCCCAAGAUCUUUUACAACGUCCAAGGCAAGCCAGCGAAGAUAAUAAACAAUAAGUUGUCUCUGGAUAUCAUCGAACGGGGCAUGGACGUAAUUAACUACCGGUUUGCACUAACCGGACAAACUUGGCAAUUAUUGCGGGAAUAUUAUCCAGAAUUGGUUCCUAAAAUUUGUGUACGAGGUGCCGUGUUUGCUCGAAUGACCAGUGAUCAGAAACAGCAGUUAGUUACUGAGUUGAUGCAACUAGGAUAUUAUGUUGCUAUGUGUGGUGAUGGCGCCAAUGAUUGUGGCGCCCUCCGUGCUGCGCACGUCGGGGUUUCUUUAUCAGAAGCAGAAUCCAGUGUCGCAAGUCCUUUUACUUCACGAAUACCCGACAUUACAUGCGUUCCAAAAGUAAUACGUCAAGGACGCGCAGCACUAGUGACAUCCUUCGGAAUAUUCAAAUUCAUGGUUACUUACUCCCUAACCGAAUUUAUAUCAGCAUUUAUCCUCUACUCAAUCGACUCAAACUUGUCAGAUUUUCAAUUCCUCUUCAUUGACAUAUUUCUUAUCGUUAAUUUCGCAUUUUUCUUCGGUAAAACUAAAGCUUACGAAGGAAAACUCGCUAAGAAACCUCCAAUGACAAGUUUGCUGAGUUUCACUCCACUGUUUUCUCUGACCCUCCACAUGACUGUCAUGCUCUUGUUCCAACUCAGUGUCUACUACUGGGUAAAACAGUUCGACUGGUACUCGGCCCCUCAAUUUCGAGGCCUACACGAUUACUAUUCCUUCGAAAAUUACUCAGUAUUCACCAUUUCCAUGUUUCAAUACAUAACUGUAGCUCUUAUAUUCUCACAUGGAAAGCCCUACCGACGAGCCGUCUACACAAAUAACUUAUUUAUCAUUUCGAUACUGAUAUCUACCUUAAUAUGUCUCUAUAUAACAGUGAUGCCAGCAAAUUGGGUCAUUACAAUACUGCAACUUAAAGUACCACCGAAUUAUCACUGGCCCUGUAUUAUUGUUACUCUGUCCAUUGUCAAUUUCGUUAUUUGUUUCUUCAUCGAAGCCGUUAUUAUUGAGUAUUUGAUUGAAGGAAUCGUAAAGCCCCGGGUAUAUCGCCCAGAAAAGUCAAAAAAACGUUAUCUAGGCAUACAGUACGAUUUGAAAAAUCAGUCCGAUUGGCCGAAAAUAAACAGCGAGCUGCCCGUAUUGCCCCUGACACCCAGUAACGACAAAUUGAAAACAAUAGCCGAUGAUUGUGAUAAUCAAGUCAACGCCGGUUUCGAUAAUUUGGCAUUCGAAAAUGAGGAUAUCAAGGAGACAACUAAAUUCUAAUUUAGUAAAAUUUAAGUUGUAAUAAAUAUUUUUAUCAAUUUUCAAUAUUAAGAAAAAUAAUUUAGAUUUUAAUGUAAGACAGAAAAGUGAAAAAAAUAUGUUAUUUGAAUAUAUGUUUAAGUUUUAUUUGUAUACGAUAAA